AUUAGCGACUGGCUCGCACGAGCCGCGCUCAGUUCUUUGAGGGUAGUUAGUUGGACAACGGCGUUGCCGAAAACGGGCCACCUCAGCUGCCGCACAAUACAUUUUUGGCCAUGUACAUAAAACAAAAGCCGUUUAAAUCAUAAACACAAAAUGCAAUUAGCCAGCGAGCGCACGCCACGAAAGUCAACAAACUAACUAAGCCAGUGUCAUCAACUAAAUUAGUGCAAGCAGCUAGCCGACCGGAACCGGAAAUGCCCAUUGAGCCGCCUGACAACAACCACAAACACAAUCACAAUCGCAGUCACCAGCACCAUUGCAUUGGCAACGGCCAUAAAGACGAGCAACAAAUCGCCCACACACACAUGUAGUUGCAGCGCGAGUGCGUCAGUGUGUGCGGGCUCUGAAAACCGGAAGCGGAAGUCGAGGAGCAGCAGCAGGAGCAGGAGCAAGAGGAUUAACCGGAGGAGGAGGAGCAGCAGCUAGCUUAGCCAGUUUUUCAUUCGCCCGCAGUUCGUUAAGGAAAAUCAUUCAAAAUUCAUCGCCUAAGCAAAGCGGAUGCCGCACAAGAAAAAGAGAGAGUGAGAGAAAGUGGCGAAUAGAUCAAUCAAUUAAUCAAUCAAAACCGAGCAUAUCAACCGAGAGGCCAAUACCAACCAGAGAACCGAAAUCAAAGUUCAACGUUGCAUUUAAGGUUGCAUCCGGUAGCCCAGUUCAACUCCAACUGCAACCUCCGGUUCCACGUACCACAUUCCACUUGCACCCCGUGUGUGAUUGCAUGCCGCGGAUGAGCCGCGGAUUAUGUCACGUGACGAUUAUAAUCCAGUAACUAGCUCUGGUGUGCGCAGUCCGGGUCGCGUGCGGCGUCUCCAGGAAUUGCCGACGGUCGAUCGAUCCCCAUCCCGGGACUACGGAGCGCCACGCGGAAGUCCUUUAGCAAUGGGCAGUCCAUACUACCGCGACAUGGAUGAGCCAACCAGUCCGGCCGGAGCGGGUCACCAUCGCAGCCGGAGCGCCAGCAGACCACCGAUGGCCCAUGCCAUGGACUAUCCAAGAACCCGCUACCAAUCGCUGGAUCGCGGCGGACUCGUGGAUCCCCACGAUCGCGAGUUCAUACCCAUUCGGGAACCUCGCGACCGCUCCAGGGACAGAUCCCUCGAACGGGGCCUGUACUUAGAGGACGAGCUCUAUGGCAGAUCGGCGCGCCAGAGUCCCAGCGCCAUGGGUGGAUAUAAUACGGGCAUGGGCCCCACAUCGGAUCGAGCUUAUUUGGGCGACCUGCAGCAUCAGAACACCGACCUGCAGCGGGAGCUGGGGAACCUGAAGCGGGAACUGGAGCUGACCAACCAGAAGCUGGGCAGCUCGAUGCACAGCAUCAAGACCUUCUGGUCGCCUGAGCUCAAGAAGGAGCGGGCUCUGCGCAAGGAGGAGAGCGCCAAGUACAGUCUGAUCAACGAUCAGUUGAAACUGCUCAGCACGGAGAACCAGAAACAAGCCAUGUUGGUGCGCCAGCUGGAGGAGGAGUUGCGCCUGCGGAUGCGACAACCCAACCUGGAGAUGCAGCAGCAGAUGGAGGCGAUCUACGCGGAGAACGACCACUUGCAGCGGGAGAUCAGCAUCCUGCGCGAGACGAUCAAGGAUCUCGAGUGCCGUGUGGAGACCCAGAAGCAAACACUGAUUGCCCGCGACGAGAGUAUCAAGAAGCUGCUGGAAAUGCUGCAGGCCAAGGGAAUGGGCAAAGAGGAGGAGCGCCAGAUGUUCCAGCAGAUGCAGGCCAUGGCCCAGAAGCAGAUGUACAAUAACUACACGGGCGCCAGCGGAAGCAGUCCUCCAUUGCCGGACAUUAUUGGCCAGUACUACGGGCCGGGAAGUCUGGGUCCGGGCCCCCUGUCCUACGGCUCGGGCAAUGGUUACGGCCCGCCCGGUUACGAUCUGUACGGCCCCUCGACCUCAACGGCAGCUGGUGGAUACGGACUGUACGAUCCGCAGAUCUACGGACCGUGCCAGCAAACCUCGCCCAUCCGGAGAAGGCGCUACAGUAUUGCCGGCCUGCCCUCGGCCACUAUGUACAAUGAUGUCUACGGCUAUCCGGCACCUCCGCUCCAGCAGACCAGCUCCUCGAACAUUGUGAAUCUGUUGAACGAGGCACACAAGUCGAUAUCGCGCAGCUCGCAGAUACUGAAUCUCACGAAUCAGGCCCGUCAAUUGGGUCAGCUGGUGACCACGCCGCUGGGAGGAGGCGGAGUUGGCAUGGGCCUGGGUCGAGUGGUGUCCAGUUACCCCACCCUGCAUCCGGGGGACACCUCGCCGCCGUACCUCAACGAUAACCUCAUGCAGAUGUCCACGAGCUUCUCCUCGCAGCCCAACAUGUACUUCCAGCCGCAGGCGCAGGUGCAGCAGGUGCUGCCCACCCAGCUGACAGCGGCACAGAGUGCAGCCGCAGCGGCAGCCCGACUGCGUCCGGCCUACUCCGUAACGAAUCUGGUGUCCAGUUACCCGACGACGACCGCGGCGGGCUAUGGCUGCAAGUACGGGGGCUACGGGAAUCCGUACCAGAGCGAUCUGGGCUACGGCAAUCCCCUGGCCCCCUUCCAGCAGCGCCAGCUGAUGGCCCACCAGUCGCUGCACGCCUCCAAUCCCGCCAUUUCGCAGUACUACCAGAACCAGGGAGCCGCAACCGGAACGGGAGCCUCGGCGGCCGCACUGGCCUACAACCUGCAGCAGCAGUUCGCGGGAACGCAACACUACGGCGGCGGAUCCCAGGGACCGCCGCUGGGACACUCGCACAUCCAGGCGUCGGUGCAGCAGCAGAUGCAUCCGCAGUACCAGUACCAUGUGCACCAGCAUCAGAAUCACCUGCAGACGCAUCCGCUGGCGGCGCUGGCCAACACGAGCGGUCCGUUCGGAGGGACGCUGGCCAGCAGUGCCAGGGACUAUGUGGACGGACUGCAUCAUGCGGCCCACUCGCACACGCAUCCGCAUUCGCAUCCGCACCACUCCUCGCAUCAUUCGCAUCACACGGCAUACCCGCACUCGCAUUCGCACCAUCAGCAGCAGCAGCCGCAUCAAGCCCACCAUCACCACCAUCUGCCAUACUCGAAACUAGACUUAGAUUACCCGAAACUGCCGCAAGAGCAUAAGCGACAACUGGACGAAUUCCGUCUUGAAAUACAGAGAAGGGAUCAAGAGAUCCUGGCGAUGGCGGCCAAAAUGAAAACACUCGAGGAGCAGCACCAGGACUACCAGCGGCACAUAGCGGUGCUCAAGGAGUCGCUAUGUGCCAAAGAGGAGCACUACAACAUGCUGCAGACGGACGUCGAGGAGAUGCGCGCCCGCCUCGAGGAGAAGAACCGCCUCAUCGAGAAGAAGACCCAGGGCACCCUGCAGACGGUCCAGGAACGGAAUCGCCUCACCAGCGAGCUCACCGAGCUCAAGGACCACAUGGACAUCAAGGACCGCAAGAUCAGCGUGCUGCAGCGCAAGAUCGAAAACCUCGAGGAUCUGCUGAAGGAGAAGGACAACCAGGUGGACAUGGCGCGUGCCCGUUUGUCGGCCAUGCAGGCGCACCACAGCAGCUCCGAGGGCGCCUUGACCAGCCUGGAGGAGGCCAUCGGCGACAAGGAGAAGCAGAUGGCCCAGCUGCGUGAUCAGCGGGAUCGCGCCGAGCACGAGAAGCAGGAGGAGCGGGAUCUUCACGAGCGCGAGGUGGCCGACUACAAGAUCAAACUGCGGGCUGCCGAGAGUGAGGUGGAGAAGCUGCAGACGCGCCUGGAGCGGGCGGUCACCGAGCGGGAGCGGCUGGAGAUCAAGCUGGAGGCCUCGCAAAGCGAACUGGGCAAGUCGAAGGCCGAGCUGGAGAAGGCCACCUGCGAAAUGGGCAGGAGCAGCGCCGACUGGGAGUCCACCAAGCAGAGGAUCGCCCGCCUGGAGCUGGAGAACGAGCGGCUGAAACACGAUCUGGAGCGUUCGCAGAUGCAGCUAGAAGAACAGACCACACUACACAAAACAACCUUUGGCAGGACCACGAUGACCACGUCCCAGGAACUGGAUCGAGCCCAGGAGCGGGCCGACAAGGCCUCAGCCGAGCUGCGACGCACCCAGGCCGAGCUGAGAGUCACACAGGGCGAAACUGAAAAACGUUUUUCGGAUGCGGAAAGAGCACGCGAGGAGGCGGCCGCCCUGCAGGAGAAGCUGGAGAAGAGCCAGGGCGAGGUGUACCGACUCAAGGCCAAGCUGGAGAACGCCCAGGGCGAGCAGGAGAGUCUGCGCCAGGAGCUGGAGAAGGCGCAGAGCGGUGUCUCUCGCAUCCACGCCGACCGCGAUCGGGCCUUCUCCGAGGUGGAAAAGAUCAAGGAGGAGAUGGAGCGCACCCAGGCCACGUUGGGCAAGUCGCAGCUGCAGCACGAGAAGCUGCAGAACUCGCUGGACAAGGCCCAGAACGAGGUCGACCAUCUGCAGGAUAAGCUGGACAAGGCCUGCACGGAGAACCGCCGCCUGGUGCUCGAGAAGGAGAAGCUCACCUACGACUACGACAACCUGCAGUCGCAGCUGGACAAGGCCUUGGGCCAGGCGGCCAGGAUGCAGAAGGAGCGCGAGACCCUCUCCUUGGACACGGACCGCAUACGCGAGAAGCUGGAGAAGACGCAGGUGCAACUGGGUCGCAUCCAGAAGGAGCGGGAUCAAUUCUCCGACGAGCUGGAGACGCUCAAGGAGCGCUCGGAGUCGGCACAGACCCUCCUGAUGAAGGCCGCCCGCGACCGGGAGGCGAUGCAAACGGAUCUGGAGGUCCUCAAGGAGCGCUACGAGAAGUCACACGCUAUUCAGCAGAAACUCCAGAUGGAGCGCGACGAUGCGGUCACCGAAGUCGAGAUCCUCAAGGAGAAACUGGACAAGGCGCUGUACGCCAGCCAGAAGCUGAUCGACGAGAAGGACACCUCCAACAAGGAGUUCGAAAAGAUGCUGGAGAAGUACGAUCGGGCCCAGAACGAGAUCUAUCGCCUACAGUCCCGCUGCGAUACGGCAGAAGCGGAUAGAGCCCGCCUGGAGGUGGAGGCGGAGCGAUCUGGCCUGGCUGCCAGCAAGGCUCGCGAGGAUCUGCGCAAGCUGCAGGACGAGAGCACUCGGCUGCAGGAGGCCUGCGAUCGGGCGGCGCUCCAGUUGAGCCGCGCCAAGGAGUGCGAGGACAAUGCGCGCAGCGAACUGGAGCACAGUCGCGAUCGCUUCGACAAGCUACAAACGGACAUUCGGCGUGCCCAGGGCGAGAAGGAGCACUUCCAGUCCGAGCUGGAGAGGGUCACCUACGAACUGGAGCGGGCACAUGCCGCCCAGACCAAGGCGAGCGCCAGCGUGGAGGCGGCCAAGGAGGAGGCGGCCCACUAUGCCGUAGAGCUUGAGAAGAUGCGCGACCGCUACGAGAAGAGCCAGGUGGAGCUGCGCAAGCUGCAGGACACGGACACCUUCGGGCGGGAGACGCGACGCCUCAAGGAGGAGAACGAGCGGCUGCGCGAGAAGCUGGACAAGACGCUCAUGGAACUGGAGACCAUCCGCGGCAAAUCGCAGUACGAAUCGGAGUCCUUCGAGAAGUACAAGGACAAGUACGAGAAGAUCGAGAUGGAGGUGCAGAACAUGGAGUCGAAGCUGCACGAGACCAGCCUGCAGCUGGAGCUGUCGAAGGGCGAGGUGGCCAAGAUGCUGGCCAACCAGGACAAGCAGCGAUCCGAGCUGGAACGGGCGCACAUCGAGCGGGAGAAGGCACGCGACAAGCAUGAGAAGCUACUGAAGGAGGUCGAUCGUUUGCGCCUGCAACAGUCCUCGGUGAGCCCCGGCGAUCCGGUCCGAGCGUCGACGUCCUCCUCUUCCGCUCUGUCCGCUGGCGAGCGGCAGGAGAUCGACCGCCUGCGGGAUCGCCUUGAAAAGGCGCUGCAGUCGCGUGACGCCACCGAGCUGGAGGCCGGUCGCUUGGCCAAGGAACUGGAGAAGGCGCAAAUGCAUCUGGCCAAGCAGCAGGAGAACACCGAGUCCACGCGCAUCGAGUUCGAGCGCAUGGGCGCUGAGCUCGGUCGCCUGCACGAUCGCCUCGAGAAGGCCGAGGCCGAACGGGAAGCCCUGCGUCAAGCGAACCGGAGCGGCGGAGCUGGCGCUGCCCCCCAUCCGCAGCUGGAGAAGCACGUCCAGAAGCUGGAGUCAGACGUCAAGCAGCUGGCCAUGGAGCGGGAGCAGCUGGUCCUGCAACUGGAGAAGAGCCAGGAGAUCCUCAUGAACUUCCAGAAGGAGCUCCAGAACGCAGAGGCGGAGUUGCAGAAGACGCGCGAGGAGAACCGCAAGCUGCGCAACGGUCACCAAGUGCCGCCAGCCGCCGCUCCACCCGCCGGAGCCUCUCCCGCCGAGAUCCAGGCCAUGCAAAAGGAGAUCCAGACCCUACAGCAGAAGCUCCAGGAGUCGGAGCGCGCCCUGCAAGCCGCCGGUCCACAGCAGGCCCAGGCUGCAGCGGCGGCAGGAGCGAGUCGCGAGGAGAUCGAGCAAUGGCGCAAGGUCAUCGAGCAGGAGAAGAGUCGUGCCGACAUGGCCGACAAGGCCGCCCAGGAGAUGCACAAGCGCAUUCAGCUUAUGGACCAACACAUCAAGGAUCAGCACGCCCAGAUGCAGAAGAUGCAGCAGCAGAUGCAACAGCAGCAGCAGGCAGCACAGCAGGCAGCACAGCAGGCGGCACAGCAGGCGGCGCAGCAGGCGGCGCAGCAGCAGUCCGCAGCAGGUGCCGGCGGAGCGGACGCCAAAGAGUUGGAGAAGGUCAGAGGCGAACUCCAGGUGGCGUGCACCGAGCGGGAUCGCUUCCAGCAGCAACUGGAGCUCCUGGUCACAGAGCUGGAGAAGAGCAAGAUGUCCAACCAGGAGCAGGCAAAACAGCUCCAAACGGCACAGCAGCAAGUGCAGCAACUGCAACAGCAGGUGCAACAGCUGCAGCAGCAGAUGCAACAACUGCAGCAGGCUGCCAGUGCGGGAGCAGGCGCCACCGACGUGCAGCGCCAGCAGCUGGAGCAGCAACAAAAGCAACUGGAGGAGGUGCGCAAGCAGAUCGACAACCAGGCCAAGGCCACCGAGGGCGAGCGCAAGAUCAUCGACGAGCAGCGCAAGCAGAUCGACGCCAAGCGCAAGGACAUCGAGGAAAAGGAGAAGAAGAUGGCCGAGUUCGAUGUCCAGCUGCGUAAGCGCAAGGAGCAGAUGGACCAGCUGGAGAAGUCGCUCCAGACGCAGGGAGGCGGAGCGGCGGCAGCCGGCGAGCUGAACAAGAAGCUCAUGGACACGCAGCGGCAACUGGAAGCAUGCGUCAAGGAGCUGCAGAAUACAAAGGAGGAGCACAAGAAGGCGGCAACCGAAACGGAGCGUUUGCUGCAAUUGGUACAAAUGUCGCAGGAGGAGCAGAACGCCAAGGAGAAGACCAUCAUGGAUUUGCAACAAGCCUUAAAGAUCGCUCAAGCCAAAGUCAAACAAGCACAAACGCAGCAACAGCAACAGCAGGAUGCUGGACCAGCUGGCUUCUUGAAGAGCUUUUUCUAAACAGUGCCCUCGCAAGGCCACAGAUACACACAUCUAGUGAUGCAGAUGAGGCAAAAGGAUUUUACACGUACUACUUACCCAAAGCGAUAAUUGAAAACCAAAAACAGCAAGAAGUUACCAAAAGCACUGUCUACUAUUUUGUAUACUACCGAUGCCGAUACCAAUACCAACUAUGCAGUAUUUCUACGACUCUCACACACAUACACUCUUUACACACACUGAUACACACAGGGACACACACAUUUGUAAAUGACACCAUGUAAAUGCAAUGCGAAAUGCAUAUUAUUUGAUAUUUAUGUGUAUUGUGUAAUUAGGUUGCCGCUAUACUCAAAUUGUGGAUGCAUUUAAAAGUCAGCUCGUAUAGCGUACUUUGUAAACUCUCUUAACUUUCUCUCUAACUCACUAACUCAAUCCUUUUCGAACUCAAAAUCGAACUCAACUUAAAGUUUAUCGUUAGCCAAAACACCAAGUCCUUCUUAGCCCAAUUACCCCAACUCGAGAGUCCUUCUGUCCUUCACUUUCUCUCUGUCGGUCGGAGCUGCAGCACGUAGACUACGUCCUCGGGCACUGCAUCCCCAUCGCCAUCCCCAUCAUCCUAUAACAUUUCUGUAAGACCCACCCAUUAGUUAUCCCACUGCGCGGAUGUGAGAUGGCAUUGAAAUUGAAACGAGAAGAAAGGCAGAGCAGUAAUUGCAUUAAUUGAGUGCUGCUUUGGACCCAAAGUGCAGCAUGCACUUACAAUUAUCGACGAUAUAUAUACAUAUAUGUAUGCUAGCCUCUGUUAUAGUUAGUCAAACAUGAGCAUCCUACGCCCAUCAUUCGCCCAUCAGUCACACUGUACAUAAGACAUUCGCAUCGGAAAAGUAUAGAUACAGAUACGGAUACAAUACGUAGAGCAAUAAUUGAUAGACCACAGAUAAUACAAGUAUGAUAUAGAUACGAGUACCAUAUGUAAAAUUAUUGCGAUUAUAAAAUUAUAUUGCCUAGCCUUUAGCCGUGUACCAAAGAACUAUCACUACAGAGCCCAAAGGAAGAUCACUACCUACCAUUCAGCUAAUAUGGAUAUUAUCGAUAAAAUAAACUCGAACGUCAACUACAACAAGUGCAAUCUCUAUUUUAAUUAGUUAAAUCUACACGAUACCCCACGUUCCUUAGCCCCCGACUAAAUAGAUCGAGUCCACUACGCAAGCUUUACCCAAGUCAGCUGUGAAUGCGCAUAGUACGAGUACUAUAGUACUCCUAGUAGAUCGGUAGUUCCACUCUAGUCCAGGUCACUCGAAACGUUGCUUUUGGUCUAGAUAAGGUGCGAAAGUGUUAUUGUUGAAUGAAUGACCUAUGCCCCUGUAAUGCAUACUUAGCGAAUAGAGGAAUAGUUGCAGAUGUGUACAAACUAUAGAGUACCACAUAUUGACUAGCAUGAACUAGUGUUUUUUUCUUUGGUUGAGUGCAUUUUCGUUUCCUAUAAUUUAAUUUAAAUUAAAGAAAGUAAAAAUUGAAUGGAAGAAGUAUGUUGUACGAGGGUAGAAGAGAGUAUGGAGUUAUCACUGCCAGUGUAAGCAAGAAUAUCGAUAGAUGGGAAAUUAAAGAUCCGUUUAAUCCUAGGGCCUAACAUUAGAAUAUCAUUUGACUUUCGGUUACUAAUGAAACCAACCACGAAGACAUUCAGCGAGAGACGAAGCAAGAGACACAACACAAUCAUAUCAUGCAAGCCUAUAUCAUAGCCCCAAGAACGAAGGAUAGCUGACCCUAGCGCUUUAAUUGUCCUUGAAUCCUUCCACCCAUUCUAGAACGAUCGAUUGUUGAAUUGAUAGAGCACCCUCCACCCUUUAGGUAAUCGAUUAACGACCAAGUAAACUACGAUAGAGCUGCACUCUCUGCUUUCUUUUCGGUUUCGCAGUCGUUCGAUUUGUGUACAUAAGUUAGGGUCCUGCUUUUCGCCCCCCUCUCUCGCCAAAUGAGUUCCCCACAAAGUUCCUAUACCAGGAAUCUCGGGUUUACGGUGCAGCUGGAGGGCAGAAAGCCAUACGAGUUCGCGAGUCAAGUAAAAAAGUAAAAGUUAGCAACACCUUCAUGCUCGACAGAAGUGUACAUAAGUGUCUAGUUAUGUAAGCAUAACAGAAGCUGUAUAAUAUAUGAAAGUUUACCAUAUACUAAACGAUAUAAUGUAAUCAUCAAUCUAUAUCCAGACCAUUGAGAACACGAGAACAAUUACUAUCGACAAAUCAAACCGAACAAACUUCACCGUAGGACACAUCACUUUGGCUACCCAAGCUGCAUACAAAUUACACACCACGUUGACAAUACAAUCACCCACAAAAACACGUUAACACUGAUACACCCUUUGGAUGCCCCCAAUUUAUACCACUCAAUUACGAUCCAUUGACGCUAGAUGGAAGCCAACAUAUCCGAGUCGAGAUAGCGCUAAUCUCAUGUUAACUGUGGCCUAACCCCAGAUAUCACAUAGUCGAACGGACAUUUUGGGAGCGAUUUCCUAGCGCUACGAGUGGAUUUCUUGGUCACUCGAUUAGUAGGUCACCGAUCACCGGUCACUUUCACCUUCGAUCUUGAUCUCGAUUUGCAGUUAUAGAGGAUGAAACGUUUGCCUUUAACUACUUAACUUAACUUACCACGUAUCGUAUUGUUAGCCUAGAUAGUCUCAAUUACAGCAGCAGCAGCAGUGACGAACAAACUGAGAUUAAGAACAUGAACUAACGGUCUAUCUACUUAUAGUAUUUGCCGUAACACUUUAAUCAUAUUAUCCCCGCCGUCGUGUACCCUACUUACAGAUACAAAUACGAAACUAUCGGAUAGCAAGGAAAGCUUCGACAACUUUUUCUAUACAAAUCUAGCGAACAUAACAAUAACAAGAGAUAUAUGAUAUAUGAUAACGAACAGCAAAACCCAAUUCUCGUAUAAUGUAAUUUAGCAAAUUGUAAACUCAAUAUAGGCAGACACUCGCUCGCAAACAAAAACCCGAAUAUCAGGCGAGAAUCGAAGGCAGAUUAAUGAAUUUAUAUGGUGGAGUCCCACUCGAUCGGGAGUCGAGCGUUACCUAUCGAUAAAUGCUAGCGAUGAAUUAUGUGUAACCCCAGUGUGUACUUCUCUGUACAUAGACCUAUAUAUAUAUAUAUAAAUACUUACGAUUAUGACUAGAGCAAAGCAUACGAUAGAUGAAUAUAGGAAUAUACGGAAACAAAGCAUAUACAUAGCAGAUAUGGAAAGAGAGCGCAAAUUAUAUAGAUACUACAGCAUCACUCAUCAAGAUCAAAGCCGAAGAUCGUAGUCAGAGCAAAAACUUGGAUGGAGAGGCAGAGAGGCAGAGCAGAAGUCUAGACCUAGACCCCCAGAAACAAAGUCCCCAAACUGAAACCGAUACCGAAAUAUCCGCAGAUGAGCAACAAAAGCAUUAAGCAAAACAAGAACAACAAUUUCGUGUAACAUUUUUUUAAACAAGUUUGGUGAUCUACGAUAUUGGUAAUAAUUAUUGAUAAAUAAAAUAAUAUAAAAGGAUAUAUAUAUAUAUACACAUACAUAUAUUAUACAAAUAUAUGAAGUAAAGCCCAGUACUCAGAACGACAAUUUGGUCUUGUAAAGUGACUAAGUCAUGUUUAACACAGUGUGAACUCUCGAUAGAUUGCAAAGAUCACCGAUAGUCAACCGAUCACACUGUGCUGUCGAUUUUCCAUUCUGAGAUUUCCCUCAUUUCUUUUGAUACUUUGUGAUUGAACAAUUUUAAUUUGCCGAUCUGAGCACUGGACUUUAAGCAGGAGUAGGCAAAAAAAAAAAAAAUAAGAACGGAAACAAGGGGAGGCAUACAUAAAGUACGAGUAAAUAUUUAUUAUAUAAUGUUUUUUAAGUAACUUAUAGUAAGCCAGUAUAUAUACACACAUAUAUAUAUAAAUUAUACAUAUAUGAAACUACAUAAGUUUACAAGGUAUAUGACAAAAACAAAACAAAAACAACAAAAACCAAAUUUAAGAAUCAACCACAACAAAAAAGAGCAACAAAAAGGUAAAUAACAACAACAACAAAAACGCAACCGCAGCAACUAAACAAAGUAAACGAUUAGAGAGAUGAGGUGGGAAAAUAUUAUAAUAAUAAAGUAAAUAAAUUUAUUAUAUACAUACAUACAUAGAAGAAUAUUACAAAUGGGAGAAAGUCGAGCAAAAUGAAAGCGAGAUGAAAAUGAUUAUUUGAAACAUGUUCAUUAUAUAUAAAUGUCAUUAAAAAUGUUCUUCAAAACUGCCUACCAAUAAAAUAUAUUUCAAAUAAUA